UGGACAGAGGUGCUGAAGCAUUGCAACACUGCUUAUAAAAGAUGAUUCAUCCUUCCUAUUGGAAGACACAGGCACAAGAUGAUGGAGAAUGCUUCCAAUAUCUUAGUUUUUACUCUCUCUGGAUUAAAUAUGACAAUGGAGGACAGAUAUGUGAUUUUUUCAUUCACUGCAUUGAUUUAUCAGCUUAUAUUGUUGUGUAACAUUACUAUUAUUUUUUGCAUUGCUGCAGAUAAGCAGCUUCAUGAGCCUAUGUACAUAUUUUUGUGUAAUUUGUGUAUAAAUACACUAUAUGGCACUUCUGGCUUCUACCCUAAAUUCAUGUAUGACUUACUUACCCCAUUUCAUGUUAUUUCAUAUGCGGGAUGUCUUAUUCAGGUUUUUGUUAUUUAUUCUUCUGCUUUGUGUGAUUAUUCAACUUUAACAGUAAUGGCCUAUGACAGAUAUGUUGCAAUAUGUAAACCAUUAGAAUACCAUUCAGAAAUGACAAAUCAAAAAAUUGUAAAAUGUAUUAUUUUUUGUUGGCUUCCACCAUUUAUUUGCAUGUCUGUUGUAGUCUUAUUAGCAGCAAGACUAACCUUAUGUGGCUCAACUAUCGAAAAGCUUUAUUGUGAAACCUGGGCAAUUGCUAAACUGGCCUGUUCCUCUACAACAGUAAAUAAUGUAAUUGGAUACAUAGUUAUAUUAACAUAUUUUGGACAUGCAGUACUGAUUGCAUUCUCAUAUAUUCACUUGAUUAAAAAUUGCAGGAAGUCAAAGGAGAGCAAAUAUAAAUUCAUGCAGACUUGUGUGCCUCACUUAGUGGCACUGUUUAACAUAACCAUUGCAUUAUUGUUUGAUGUCUUUUACAGUCGAUAUGGAUCACAUUUCUUACCUCAAACUUUGAGAAAUUUCAUGGCACUCGAAGUCCUCUUUAUACCUCCCAUUUUAAAUCCCCUUAUUUAUGGAUUAAAACUUACUAAAAUACGGAAGCAAGUCAUGAGAUUGUUCCUCAGACACAACUAAUAUAGAAUAUUUACACAUAAUUUAUCUUAAUUUCUCUGAGCCAAAAGGCCAGUCAGCCAAGGGAAUGUGUUUUAUUAUGUGGAUAAACUACAACAUGAAUGUAUUACUUGAUCAAUUCAGUGAACUGAACACCUGAAACACCAUAUCAUGUCAGCAUUUGGUUCAUUUUUAUUAUCAUUUUUGGUUUGGUUCUGCAGUC